AUGGAUCCGCAACAGCAGAAUCCCACCGGGCCCGGUGGCCGCAGACUACACAUUGCGCACAGGAGGUCUCCUUCAGAAUUGACGCCAUUGAUGAUGGAGCAAUUGGCUCUCCAGCAGCAGAUCGAGAUGCUUCAGGCCCAGCAGCAGCAAAUGCUGAAUGCACAUCAACAGUAUGCCAACAUGGGGCUGCUUCCUCCGGGACAACCUCAUCUCGCACCAAAUUUUAACCCAAUGCAGCACCAGCAGAUGGCGGGCAUAUCGCCGCAUCAGCAACAGGCUAACUUUCAGUUCCCGCCUCAGCAACAGCAGGGGGCUGCUCCCCAAGGCGCUCCCACCCAGCCGUCGGCUCACAGGCGGAACGCGUCGGCUAUGCCUGGUAUGCAGGGCGCGGGCGGCCCCCCACCUGCACCUUCGUCUGGUGCUGCGGGUGGAAACUUCGGAGAGUUUAGCAUGCCCGGCGCCGGCGGUAGCGGUGUUCCUCCACGUCGUCCUUCCGGUGGUCCGAGCGAUCGUGGGCACCAGAGGCGGCACUCACUGGCCCUACCAGAAGCGAAGAAGGCUGCCGAAUUAGCCCAACAACGCCGUGGCCAACCUGGUUUCCAGUUUCCAGCGUCUGGUGGUGGCACUUCAACCAGCCCGGGCGCCGACGCUGCCCCCACUAACACUAACGGUCCUUCGGCUUCCAAUGAGACCUUGGCUGCUACUCCUCCGGCGGCCAAUCCUCCCGCGCAGCCGAGUGGAACCCAGAACGCUGGCCCUCCUCAGGCUCGAUCGAUGAGGGGAGGACACGGACGCAGUCAGAGUCUUGCGGUUGGUCUCAAUGGCCGGAGCCCCGUCGGUGGUCGCCUCGGUGGAUUCCAGUUCCCGCCGCCAGCCGACGCAGGCGCUGGUGUCAAUCAGCAGCAGCAGCAGCAGCAGCAGGGUGGCCCGCAGCCCGGUCAGAACGUCGAACGCCGCGGUAGCAACUCUGGGUUCCAAGGCCACGGCCGAUCCGCAUCGAGAAAUUACCAGGACAACUGGCGUAACCCGAACCAAAACCAGUCGAAUGCGCCUGUGGAUGUUCAGAAUCAGAAUCAAAACCAACAGUUCAACCAGAGCUUCCAGCCCGGUCACCGCCAGAGAGCGUCGAUGAGUGCCUCUAUCGGAUCAUUCCAAUUUCCUCCUCAGCCCAACCUCAUGAUUCCCGGCGCUGCAGGCCAGGGAAUUUUCAUCAACCCUGCCACGGGCCAACUCUUGAACCCCGGCUUAAUCCAGCAGCAGCAACUAACUCAGCUACAGAUGCAGCAGGCCGCAUUGGGCGCGCAGCAGCUCGGUCUCGGUGGUAUGGGCCAGCAAGGCGGUCAGAAUCUCUCGAACCAACAGCAGCAGCAACGCAAGACACUCUUUACCCCCUACCUUCCUCAAGCCAGCCUGCCGGCGUUGCUGGGUAAUGGACAGUUGGUUGCCGGUAUCCUGCGUGUCAACAAGAAGAACCGAAGUGACGCAUACGUCUCCACCCAAGACGGGCUGUUAGACGCCGAUAUCUUCAUCUGCGGAAGUAAGGACAGGAAUAGGGCGUUGGAGGGUGACUUGGUCGCUAUUGAGCUCCUCGACGUGGAUGAGGUUUGGGGCCAGAAGCGGGAGAAAGAGGAAAAAAAGAAGCGCAAGGAUAUUACAGAGAGUACCCGCGGUGCCAACGUUAGCAGUAACAACGUCAACAAUAGCUCCAACGAUGCCACCGCCGGCGGCGAUGGAGAGCAGGCUACUCAGCCCGGCGGCAUGCGGAGGCGUGGCAGUCUUCGCCAGAGACCCACCCAGAAGAAGAACGAUGACGUCGAGGUCGAGGGACAGUCGUUGUUGUUGGUCGAGGAGGAGGAGAUCAACGACGAGCAGAAGCCGCUGUAUGCCGGUCAUGUCGUUGCUGUCAUUGAACGUGUUGCUGGUCAGAUGUUUUCUGGCACAUUGGGUCUUCUCCGUCCCAGCAGUCAAGCCACCAAAGAGAAGCAGGAGGCAGAAAGAGCCGCUCGGGAAGGUCACAAUUCUCGACCGCAUCAGGAGCGCCAGCAGGAGAAGCCAAAGAUCGUGUGGUUCAAGCCUACGGACAAGAGGGUUCCCUUGAUUGCGAUCCCCACCGAGCAAGCCCCCCGGGACUUUGUCGAGAACCACCAGUCCUACUCGAACCGCAUCUUCGUGGCCUGCAUAAAGCGUUGGCCCAUCACCUCCCUCCACCCCUUCGGUACCCUCGUCGAGCAACUCGGAGAGAUGGGAGACAUCAAGGUGGAAACCGACGCACUCCUCCGCGACAACAACUUUGGUCCAGACGAGUUUUCGGAAGCGGUUGUCAGGAACGUCGGUUUCGAGACGUGGUCAGUGGAAGGCGAGGAAGAAGAAACUAUUGCUACCCGUAAGGAUCUCCGAGCGGAGCACACGUUUAGCAUUCUUCCCAAGGAAGGAUCCGAGAUCAGCAAUGCCUUCCACGUGAAGAAAGCCCGGGAAGGUGUUUGGGAGAUUGGUGUCCACGUGGCGGAUGUCACUCAUUUCGUGAAGCCCAACUCUUUGGUGGACCGCGAAGCCAAGAAACGAGGAACUGCCGUCGAACUGGUCAAUCGAUACGUGCCCAUGUUGCCAGCGAAGCUCGGAGAAGAUCUGGUUUCCCUGAAGCCCGGUGAGGACAGGUUCGCGUUCAGUGUUGUCUUCAAUGUCAACGAAGCCACUGGCGGCAUUGACGGCGAGCCCUGGAUUGGAAAGACGAUCGUCAAGAACGACGCGACCCUUCUCUACAGUGCAGUGGAUGCACUGGCCAUUGGCAAGAGCGAGACCGAAGGCGAGACCGAGGGCGAGGCGGCACCCGAGGUGGAUGAGAGCAUCAAGGAGGCUGUUGAUGCGCUGAAGAAACUCACCAAGAAGUCCCGCGAGCAACGUUACGCUGUCGAUGAUGUUGUCAUCCCAGCGAUGCGUCUUCUCUACCAGACCGACGACGAGAAUGUUCCCAACACGGAGAACAUCUUCGAGACCCGGCUUGCGUACGAAAUCGUGGAGGAGCUUCUCAUCAAGACCAACUCGCUUAUUGCGGAGAAGAUUGCGACCGGCUUGCCUGAGAAGGCCUUGCUCCGUCGCCAAUCCCCUCCCAAUCAGCGCCGUCUGACCACCUUCGGUGAAAGAAUCAAUAGACUUGGUUACAACGUCGACAUCUCCAGCGGUGCAUCCCUCAUGUCGAGCCUCUUCUGCCUGGAGGAUGCCAAAAUUCGCAAGGGCAUGGAAACUGUCUUGGUGAAGGCUAUUCAGCGGGCCAAGUACUAUGUAGCCGGAAAGGUCGAAGCCGACCAGCGCGGUCACUACAUCUACAACCUCCCGGUGUACACCCACUUUACCAACCCCAUUCGUCGCUACUCGGAUAUCAUCGUUCAGCGUCAGCUUGAAUCCGUGCUUUCCAACGGCGAAAUCGAGUUUGUCGAAGACACUGAGGCUUUGAGCAAGACCGCCGAGCAGUGCAACGUGAAGAAGGAUUCCGCGAAGAAUGCUCAGGAGCAGAGCAUCCACAUCGAACUUUGCCGUGCUGUGGACAAGCGUCGCGUGGCUCAGGAUGGUGAACUGGUAUGCGAGGCCAUCGUUAUCUGUGUCUACGAAUCCGCUUUCGAUGUUCUGAUCCCCGAGUACGGUUUCGAGAAGAGGGUGCACUGCGACCAGCUUCCGCUCAAGAAGGCUGAGUUCGACAAGACCAACCGUGUUCUCGAGCUCUACUGGGAGAGAGGUGUCGCUUCCAACACCUAUGUUCCUGAGGAUGAGCGCCCCAAAGGAGCUGCUGCUCUUCGUGCCGCGAAUGAAGCCGCUGCUGCCAGUGCCGCUGCCGCCAAGGCAAAGGCUGCUGAGGAGCGGGAAGAAGUCCAACGCAAGGCCAUGGAUAUCUCGUCUCGGCCCAGCCACGAGGAGGAUUCACUGUUCGACGAUGACUCGGACGCCGGCGAAACCGACGAAGGAGUUGCACUUGCGCCCCCAGCCAACACACGGCCCACGCAGAGCAUGCCCGGCUCACCCGCCAAGUCCCCCACUGCGUCUCAAACCCCUCACCGCACCCGAUCGGACCCCAAGCUGUCGGUGUCGGCCCACGAGGAUGCCGCACCAAAGGACGACGAGCAGGUGUCCAAGAAGGAGAAAUACUUUCACAUGUUUACCGUGCGCGAAGAAAAGGGCGAUAACAUUCAGGAGGUCCGAGAACUCUCGAGGGUUCCCGUAUACCUCAAGACGGAGUUGAGCAAGAGUCCUCCUUGCCUGACGAUCCGUUCCCUGAACCCUUUUGCUUUGUAA